UUCCCAAGUUACACGUCCAUAUUCAAGGUUCGUAAUCGUGUGUCUUGCCGGCUGCUGGUGCCACGCGUCAAAAUAUCAGUUGUGAACGACGAAAAUAUCGUAAAAACACUACAAAAUGUCGGUCGUUGCAGUACUGGGAAAAUUCUGGCAAGAGUAUACGAAGAAUACUCCGAAAAAAUUGAAGAUCAUCGACGCGUAUCUGUUCUACAUAUUUCUGACAGGAGUCACACAAUUCGUCUACUGCUGUUUGGUCGGUACAUUCCCAUUCAAUAGUUUCCUCAGCGGUUUUAUCUCCUGCGUUUCGUGCUUCGUUCUCGGCGUUUGCCUGCGGCUGCAGGUCAAUCCGCAGAACAAAAGUCAAUUCCAUGGCAUCAGUCCAGAGAGAGGAUUCGCUGACUUCAUAUUCGCCCACAUUAUACUUCACAUUGUAGUCAUGAACUUCAUCGGUUGAAUGAUACACCGUGUUUGCCGUAUUGUAAAGUAAAGCUUCAACAAUUUUUCUGUGUAUAAAUUUGAACUAAUUAUCUAAAGCAAUGAUAAGUUCUCAAACAAAAUAAAUUCUUUUUUCAUAUCAA